GUAGCGUGGAAUCCCUCGCAGACACAAAAAUCCGCUACAGUUUAAGUGGAUAGAAAGGUACCCCGCAGAUCCCAAUAGUUAAGGCUUCCAUUAAUCAACACUUGGUUAGGAGAAUUCUGUAGAGAUAAUGACAAUGGCGUCUUCUUCAGCAUUGCUUAUUUUUAAUAAAGGCCUCUUGCUUUCCACGCGGCAAUUAUCUUCUUCGAAUUUUCAUUCUUCUUCUGUUUUUAUAUGGGGAUCAAAAAGAAACCAAGAUGUGAGAUUGAUAUCUCAAAGAACAAAAAGUCAGGAAAUUCGAGUCUUAGCAAAUCCAAAUGUAUCUCCAGAUAGAAGAAAUUCAAACAAAGAAGUGAUCAUGGUUGAUCCCUUGGAAGCCAAGCGAUUAGCUGCAAAACAAAUGGAAAAAAUUAAAGCUAAAGAUAAAUUCAAAAAACGACGUCAAAUUGAAGCAAUUAAUGGUGCAUGGGCUAUGAUUGGCCUUACAGCAGGAUUAGUCAUUGAAGGCCACACUGGAAACACCAUUUUGGCUCAGCUGGCUGGAUACUGGACUGCUUUUAUUGGUUUUUUCGUGAGAUAGGCUUUAGUGCAGAGCUUAGGCAACUGUGGAAUUUUACUGAAUGAUUCAUUGAUAUUGGAAUCGUAAGAUGUUUAAGAUUAGCUUCAUUCAUCUCGAAUUACUGCACUGAUUUGGUUUUUCAUUUUGCUUUCUUCAACGAACUUGUGUUAUAGUGCAAAAUCGAUGUAAUCUGACUGUUAACAUCUUUAAUGACGAUAUUUUAUGAUAAUAUAAUGCCCUUGAAUGAAUA